CGAUCUCAGGAAAACCCACCAAAUGCCCGCUGUAAAGCAAGCACCCACUCGCCAGGCUAUUACCCUCAAAGGUUCGACAAAUCUCGUUACGGAAUUUUUCAAGUACGCGGCCAACACAAUUCUCUUUCAGCGCGGAGUCUAUCCUGCGGAUGACUUUCAUAUGGUCAAGAAAUAUGGGCAAACGGUUCUCGUAACACAAGACCUAGCCCUCGAGAACUAUCUGGACAAGAUCUUGACUCAAGUAAACAAGUGGCUCCUCACGGGAUCGAUCACCCAGCUCGUUCUUGCAAUUAUCUCUAAGGAUUCUCGGUUGACACUGGAACGGUGGGUAUUCGACGUCAAUAUCAUGGAUCAGGACCAACCAUCGGGCCCACCAAAACCGGCACCCAUCAAACCGGAUUCUGAGAUCCAGGCAGAGAUCAGAAACAUUCUCAAACAAAUUGUCUCUACAGUGACUUUCUUGCCUGUCAUCGACGAGCCGACGGUUUUCAAUAUUCUCGCCUACACUUCCGAGUCCGCCGACGUUCCUGCGGAUGAGUGGGUAGAUACCGACCCCUUGGCAAUCGAGGCGAGUAAGAGCCAGCAAGUGAAAUUGCGGAGCUUUAGCACCGAUGUGCAUCGAAUCGAGGCGAUGGUUGCCUACCGGUAUGAGGGCUAAACAACGGGUGGGAAAUGAUUCGAGGAUUUGUUCCUUGACGUUGAGCAGAUUUCGCUAUCUGUCUGUCAGCUACGUCCUUUCUGUGGGCUUUGGCAACGCAUCUUCCGAUUGUAGUACGGUAUGAUUGUUCGUCUCGUCUGGUGGAGAGGAUUCCAUCGCCAAGUAUAGGCGUCUACUCCUUCGCAACAGCAAAUGCUGAUGUGCACUGCUCCGAAGUGACAGCAGAUUACAAGUGUAGUAG